UCCCUCCUAAACCUUCAAAUUCCCUUAUUCUAUUUACGUCUCUCCCUCCCUCUCUCCCUCAAAACUCUCCACCUGCAACUCUCAUGGAGCAACUUAUCUCUACUCUACACCAAACUUCCAACUGUGCAGGCCUCUCCGAUCGCUUCUAUGAAUACCUCAAGCCCCUCCUCUCUCUCUCUGAAUCCAAUCCCUCACAUCUUCGCCCUCUGGCGAAGUGCUUCGUAUCCUCUCUCUCCCGACUGCUAAAAGUUUUACCUGAAACCCUUAAAACGUGCCCAUCUCCUAUCACAUGUGAAACCCUAGCCUGGUCCAAAGAGCUCUUCAAAAUCUAUGAGAUGACAAUUACUUGCAUUUCACGAAUUUUGCCCUGUCUUGAUUGGAAGCCCUAUGGUCUCGAUCAACAAAGGCUUCUCCUUGCUCGAAGACGCCAGAUAUGGGGUUAUUAUAAUGAAGCUAAGGUUCUAUGUUAUCAAGUUUUAGAGGGAUUGCAACCUGGUGUUACUCGGGAUUUAUGUCGGGAUGAAGUUGGGGCUUGCUUGCUCCCGGAUGAGGUGGAGAAGCACGAAUCAGGGCUCGCAUCUUUGAUUGUCGAAACUGUUUUCUGUAUUGUGAAUUGUAUGUAUGAAAGCAAGUGUGUAGAUAGUGCGGCUUAUAGGCAGAUCCUGUCUCUUAUUAAUCUGGUCAGGCCUUGGUUGAGAGUCCUAACAUUUGCCAAUAUGGAAAAGCUUCAUGGCGCACUCUUGCAUGCUCUCUACAAAUGCACCUUAUUCAUUGUCAAAGAAAAUACAAACUUUGAAGGGGAUUUGGUCGAUUGCUUCAGCAAACUCAUAUUGGCUGAAUAUCAACAAUCUCCUAUGAAUGAUCUGUUUCCAAAGAUUGCAACUGGAUUAAUGGCCUCAUUUGGUUCAAAAUGGACAAGCAAGCCUUCCCUUUUCCUUGAUAUUUUAAGUUGCACAUUGGAAUCCUUGAUCUGCAAUUGCAAGCUACAUGUGAGUUGCCAUGCAGAUGAUAUACUUCAAUUUGUAAAUUAUUUUGUUGGAAACUGCCAAAAUGCAAGUAGUGAUAUCCAAAAAGGUGCUGUGAAACUUCUAAUUGAAGUUGCAAAUAAGAGCAUUCAGGUAUCACGUCAUACUUAUGCAGUGCUUAGUAUUUAUGGUGCUGGCCUAUAUUUUCUAGAUCGUGAUGUGCUGGCUAGAAAGAGUGGUUUAGUUUCUGAAACGAGAAAGAUUAGAGCUGGCAUACCACUAGAUGGUGAAGAAACACUGGGGUACUUGCCUGGUUCAGUGACACUGGAGCUCUUGCCUGUUUUUGUACUUGAAUUGGUUAGUUUUAUUCAGAGGGAUGAAACAUGGGAAAAAACAUUUCCUAACCUUGAGGGAGGGCAAACCAGUUUUUCAUGUGGUUCUCUGGGCCUUAGGUCUGAUGGUGAUAGAUCUUGCACACAUCUGCAUGGUGAAAUUUCCUCAUUGUCCUUCUUGAAUGCCCUGGAGUCCUUGUGCAAGCCUUUUGUGGAAUUUGUUCGUGUCGAAUGGGAAUGUCUCCCAUUGGAAAAUAAAGGAAUGCCCUGCUAUGUUAGCAUAGAUGUUGUUCUCUACGCACUCCAUCUAUUCUGUGUUGGGUUUUCUAUUGGAUCCAGUCAUUUGCUUGAACAGGAUAUGGAGAAGCUGCAUAAGAGCCUGCCUACUUUUCUUCUUGUAAUAGUUGCCUAUCUGAAGCUUUCUCUGAUGACUCUUGAGAGUCCCCAGAGACAUGUUGACUGCAUUGACCAUAUACUGUCGAGAGGUUGGGUCCGGCCCCAAGAUCUCAAAUUUCUCAUUUCCUCCUUGUACAAUAUUGUUGUUUCAUUGUAUAAUAUGAAGCAGAUGAAAAAGGCCUCCUUUGUGCUAAAAUUAUGUCACAAAGCAGCAUGGGCUCGUGUAUCUUUGCUUUGUCAGAAGUACACAAGGAAACCAGUGGGGACUCAUAGUGAUUUUGUGUCACGAGAAUUGAUUGUAGAUUCUGUCUCAGAUGCAUGUUCAAAGAGUGCUUUCUUCCUAAAUGUUCUUCAUCAAUGUGGUGACUCUGCUGUAAAAGAGACUUUUGUUGAUUGUCUUUCAAAAUGGUCUGUUGCUGAUACAAUGAUUACAAGGUUGGCUGAGCCGUUUGAUCUGGUGCGGCAAUGGGUUAAGAUAGUGUGCAAGGAUUAUGGACAUGUCAAGGAGGAUGAUUCGGCCCCAUUGCUAUAUUUUCUGCUAUCAAACCCAUACAAAUGGUCAAAAAUGACAAUGGGUGCUAUUUUGGAGCAAGAGCUUUUAGCCUAUGCAGAAAUGGAGGUUCGUUAUUCUAGUUUUUGUCUGAAGAUGCAGCAGAAAAUCAUCAGCAUUCUCUUGGGUGAUAUCUAUGUUACAGAAAACAAUUAUUUGCUGAGAUCAAAGAUUCUUCUUUUGAAAAGCAGAGUUGCUAAGGCUAGUGGACUUGGAGGCCUCAAUGACUGUCUUCAAUGCUUAUCCGAAUCGAUUUGUCUGCUUAAUACUAAACUAGCUGAAGAUCCUGCUGAAUGUAAUGCUUCAUUAUGCCACCAAUUGGCUAUGACGUAUUGUUUGCAUGCAUUAUGCACCCAGGAGGCUGAUCAAAACUCAGAGGUCAUCCAUCAUGAUGUCAGUAGUGCCUUAAAUUUGUGGGCACAAAUUUAUGUUUUGGGGUCUUCCAUUUUGGAUUCUCAUCAUGAGCUGGGGAUGCAAAAUGCAUUGCCAUUGUUGUAUCAUACUGUUGAUUUGCUGUCAUUGAAGGAUUUUUCAAAGUUGAGUCUCAAAUUCCAUGAGCUGAUACUUCAAUCAUUAUGCACCCGAAAGAAAAUCCCAUUGGGUGAAUGCUUGGCAGUGUUUUGGGGUGACAGAAGGCUAAAUCAUGCCCUUUGUACUGCUCCUAUUGAUGAUGCUUUUAUAGCAUUUCUAUCAAAAGAAUUCGAAGUUUCUGCUGACUCUUUCAAUUUCUGGGUAAGUUGUAUAAAAGGGAAUCCAUAUCUAUUGUUAGGGUUCCAGCAGAAAUUUCUGCUUGUUGAUUCCAUUGUGAGGGAUACUGCUACUAAUCCUUCGAAGGAAUGUCCAUUGGGUACUGACAUAUCCUAUGAAAAGAUAAUAGAGGCGGCAUCAAAUCUUGUCUCAAAUGUUGCCAAAGAUACUCGGUCAAUUUUCAUUGCAGGAUAUUUAUACUACGACUUGAGUGAGAGGCUUGUUUCGAGUGGGAAGUUUUUGGAGGCUCUUUCGUAUGCAAGAAAAUCACUUAAUUUGAGGAAGAAACUCCUUCAAAGGAAUUUCUUAUUUUCAUCUAAAAGUUCAAAGACGGAAGACAUUGGGGAUGAAGAAAUUAAUGUAAAUGAUAAAGCUGCUAGGUUUUCUCUAGAAAUUCUUGGAUCGAAAACCAGAAACUUUUGGCCAGAGUUUGUCUCUUGUGGAAAGUUUGAUGAUUCUAUCAGUCCUUGGAAUGUGCUUAGGACCUAUUUAGAAAGCGCGCUUCAGGUUGGGAGAAUUUAUGAAGCUAUUGGGUGUUCUGAUGAAGCUGAACAUAUUCUAUCUGUGGGGAAGGAAAUAUCUUGUUCGCAAGGUUUCAUUCUUUUCGGGGUGACAUUUGGGUCUAUCUUAGGAGAAUUGUAUUUCAGGAAGCAACUUUGGGAUCAAUCUGAAAAGGAACUUGUGAAUGCCAAGCAGAAAUUAGACGACUCCAAAUUGCCAUUUGCUUGCACGUUGUGUAAAUUGACAACGUAUUCUAUACUUGAGAUGCGAAUUGGAAACUUGAUUCAAAACUAUCAUGCAAGGGUUAGGGAUGUACCUCUUAAGCAGAUUUCUGGUUCUGCCCUUGACAUUUACACUUCAGCUCAAAAUAAACUGUGCCAUGCUGAACUGGAGUAUUCUUUUUGCUUGAGAGAGAAAUCAAGUUCUGGAAUUAUAUCAGACAAAAAUGUUGCUGUUAACGAGCCUGGUCGUGAAGUUGCGAAAAUGAGUCGUGCUGUCCCCAGGAAUUCAACAUUUGAUGAGGAUGUAACCUUUCCCAUUGAUACAAACUCCAGAAAGGCUAUGAGGUCUACAAAACGAGCUAAUGGCUUUAAGAAUGCGAGUACCGAUGCCGUAAUAGCUUGUAAGCAACAAGGACCUGUGAGAACUUCAUCUACUACAAGAAGAACACGUUCCAGUUCUAGGAAAGCCUCCAAUCAAGAAGAUGAUGGAAAUGAACAGAUGCCAAAUGUGUAUUCCAAUCCUAAUCAUGUGAAUCUUUGCCCCCACAUACACUCCCUGAGGGAAACUAAAAAGAGUCUUGGAUGUAUAUGCAGUCCUGAAUCUAAAUGUGAUGGAGGAUGUUUAUGUGAUCAGACAUGUUGGAUAUGUCAUGUUGCAAAAGUAUGUGCAGCUGGUUCAAUGAAGAAUUUUGUUGCUUUAAAAUGGAGUUUUCAUCAUAGAAGCAUCUUCUCAAGAUUGCACCUUAAGAUAGGAAAAUGCCUAAGACUUAAUGGGAAGAUUCAUGAAGUGCAUGACAGAUUCCAUCAUAGCCUUUCCUUUCUCUUCCUUGUCAAUAGAUUGUCAUCUUUUCAGACACAUUCCAGUGGCACACUUUUCCAGUUUGAUUAUGUUGAGAAGCAAAUUCCUGGAGACAUAUUUCCUAUUGAACGUGCACUUCUAUUAUACGAGAUCAGUUGUUUGACAUUGAGAUAUUGUUUCUCUAUGCAUUCUAGAACUUGGUGCUGUGUACCAAGGAUAGUAGGUUGGCUUUUACAAGCCUUUGUGGGCUGUCGUGAACUUCCCUUACUCUUCGGAAAGGUCUCAAGAUUGCUUGCUAUGAUACAUUUACUCUCUACUUCAGUUGGUCUUUAUUCUCUGCCUGUGCAUUAUGGGAAAAAACUCUCUGCCAUUCAUUGGGCUGCAUACUUCCACCAGGCUUCACUUGGUAGUAGCCUGAAUCUACAACACCUUGCUGUUCUGAAGGAAAAAAUUGUAUCAUACAACGACAAUACUCUCGAGGGUUUGCAUAUUUCAAGUUCAACUGAAAGGAUUAGGAAAGCAUGUGACUUCCUCAGAUUUGCGCCAGAAAAACUUGAUCUUUUGGAAGGAUUCAUAGUUAAAUUUUUUGAAGAUCUCCCUAGCUUCACAUGUAUAUGUAUAAGUUUUAUUGGAAGCGACUAUGCUAGCUUUCUCGGAGAACUAUCAGAUGUUUCUUCCCAAGCAUGGAUGCUUCUUUCACGCCUCAAUUUGAUGAGACAGCCUGUUGUAUUGCUUCUUCCUGUGGAUUCGGUUCUUGAAGAUGUCCAGCAAGAUAAUUGGACCACUUCAGUUGGAACCAUCUCGAAUAACAAUGGAUCCAGUAAAGAGUGGAGUUGCCCAUGGAACCGCAAUGUGUUGGAUGAUGUGGCUGCACAGUUUCGGGUUAUUCUCGAGGAGAACUUCUUAUCCUCUUCAACUUUGUUUUCUGUUGAUACAAAUGAGAACAGGUCCAUUUGGUGGAAUUGGAGAACUAAACUCAAUGAUCGUCUGGGGACUCUCCUGAGGAGUGUUGAGGAUUCAUGGUUUGGUCCAUGGAGUUUCUUGCUACUAGGUGAGCUCUUUGAUGACACAUGCUUGAAUGCAAUACAAAAGAAGUUGGCCGCUGAUUUAAAGCGCAUGUACAAGCUAGAGCUAGACGCAAGUUUACUGAGAGCCCUCAUCUCCAGUGUGAAGUCCAUACCUGGGUUGGAAGCUUGUGUUUCUCACUUGCUGUCAUCUAAAGGUUGGUUUGGUUCAGGGUGUUCUAUGAAGCAAAGGAAUAGAGCAAGUGCUAAUGGAGAAUGCCAACUGAUACUUAAAGCCGCUAGAGAUCUUGAAAUCCAGUGGGAAACCUCGACGUCUGGAUCCAUCAAUAGAGAGCCCAUUGCCCUUGUACUUGAUGAUGACCUAGUGAUGCUUCCUUGGGAAAGUAUACCUAUUCUGAGGAAACAAGAGGUGUAUCGCAUGCCAUCACUUGGAAGUAUAUCUGCAUUAUCUCUUCUGAGCAGUGGUCAUGAUCGACCACAAGUUAGAUGGGAUCAAGAUAAUCUGGAUUGUGCUGGUGGCUGUGAUGGUGCUGAUGUUGGUUCAUUACCUUCUGUAGAUCCUUUAGAUGCAUACUAUUUGUUGAAUCCAAGCGGUGACCUUCAUCAUACACAGUCUACAUUCGAGGAUUGGUUUCGAAAUCAGAAGUGGGAGGGGAAAGCUGGGAUCAUACCAACAGUCGAUGAAUUGGUCUCUGCAUUGAAAAACCAUGAUCUCUUCCUUUACUUUGGUCAUGGCAGUGGUGAACAAUAUAUUCCUGGACAUAAUAUUCAGAGUCUGGAUCAUUGUGCUGCUACCCUGUUGAUGGGGUGCAGUAGUGGGUGCCUCUAUUACAAGGGCUGCUAUGCUCCUAAAGGUGCCCCAUUGUACUAUCUCAUUGGUGGUUGUCCUGUUGUGAUUGCUAACCUAUGGGAGGUAACAGACAAAGACAUUGACAGAUUUAGCCAAAGUCUACUUGACAGUUGGUUGAAAGUGGAGCCAAGUCUCCCUGUAGAAUCUACGAAGUCUGAUUCACUGGUUGAGGAAUUCAAAUCUAUGAAAAUAAUUGGUAGGGGUAUAGCUAAAUCAUCCAAGUCUAAGAGAAAAGCCCAAUUGGGUAAGGAUGUGGAUGGAGAUCCUCCAUUUAAGUGUAGAGAUAAUGAUUUCCGAAUUGCCUCUUUUAUAAGCCAAGCAAGGGAUACUUGUAGGCUUUCAUUUUUGAAUGGGGCCUCACCAGUUUGUUACGGUGUGCCUACUUUAAUUAAGAGAAAGAGAGUAUAGUUGUAUGAAAUCUUUCAUGGUUGUAUUAAUUGUAGUUAUUGUUAUUACA